CAGUUCACCGCGGGCAAACUCAACUGCACAAUGUGAAUAUUUAAUGUCCACCGCAUAUCGAAGUUGUGUGCACGAGCUACACGGUUCGGGACAGGCAAUAUGGUGCCAAAGUGGAUAUCCAGACCGUUGCUUGUCUGCGUACUCCUAACCAUGUGUUUCUUGGCACUGUACUCCGUCAUGUCCACGAAUGGGGAAAAGAGAGCUGUUGUGUUUUAUAAAACCGGAUCGCGGGAAAGAACGGAGGCGAUGCGGGACCACCAUUUCGAGACCAAAGAAUUUACACCAAAAAUAACCCAGUACAAAGUGGAAUUGCAGACGCGUAAUAAAGAAGCGAGUGUAGAUGCUGUACAUGUCGAGGAGACUGCGAAGGGGGGUAUAGAAGGCAAGCAGGUGGAUUUGGAGAUGUUGGAUUCUGAAAGCGAGGAUGAUUUUUGGCAAGUAGGCGAUAGGCAGUUGAAUUUCGAGACGGCACGUGUAGAUGAUGACAAAAUUGCUCACCAGCAGGUGCAUUUUGCGAAGGUAGAUUUGGCGAAGGUGGUUGAUGACAAGGCGCAUGACGUAAUUAGGCCUUUGAAGGUUUUCGCGGAGGGUAUCUCGCCUCCCGUCGUGCAUAAUACGAGGCUGCCUCCUGCCUUGCAAAAUAUGAGGCCGAUGAUCGACCUGGACCGGCAGGACGUGGACUCGGACGAGCUGUUCCGAAGGCUGGUGGUGGUGACGGCUUUCUCGGAGAAUCACCGCCUGGAGGUGAUGGGGAUGAUCGGCACGGUGCAGAGCCGCAUGCCCGCUACCAGGAUCAUCGCCUACGAUCUGGGCAUCGAGCCCAGCAAUUUACACAAUGUAACGCAGCUGUGCAACGUGGAGUUGCGGCCUUUUAAGUUCGACAGAUACCCACCACACGUUGCGAACAUUAUGACGUACGCCUGGAAAAUCAUCAUUAUAAAGGAGGCGUUGAACGAGUUUGGCGCCAUUUUCUGGGCAGACGCGUCCGUCAGGUUUCUUGACUCCCUGCGGUUACUGUUGCCGUUUGCCAAGGAGCACCACGGGUACCUGUCGCGGAUACACAGCUACCUGGCCAGGGCCACGUCUCCUAUUUACCACAAUUUCUACUACACCCAGCAGGGGAUGUUCGACUAUUUCGCCAUCAACAAGACAGAGUAUGCGCAGUCGGACAACGCGCCCCACAUUGCCGCCAACCGGCAGCUGGUCGUCAACAGCACGACCAUUCAAACCAGAGUAAUCGGACCACUGUACGCAUGCGCUGUGGAAAAGACUUGCAUCAGUCCUCCCGGCUCUAAGCGCGGGAACCACCAGUUUGACGCCUCGGCGUUAAUGCUGGUCUUUUACAAGUACCUGCCGGGGGAGUUCAACAGGGGUAACGAUCACCUGAACGACAUGAAUAAAGUCAUGAAGAUGCACAGACUCUCCGACGAUUGGCAAACAGCCAAAGUUUGUUAGACCAGGAAGGAAGGAACGCCGCCACGACUGGCUGAAGUCGCAGAACUUCUUUAAAGGGAUGCGCACGUAUAGUUCGUCGUGAGCUGCUGUAACCAAAUUUUACCAUGGAUCAAUUGUCGUUAUGAUGUGCCUGGGAAUGGAAAGGCAAUAAGCCUUUGUACUGAUGACGUCACACUUCGUUUACAAAUGCGCUUUUCUAUGGGGCCAUACGGAACCGUCGUCCCCACUAUAGGCUCCCAUAAGAAAGUACACAUGUGAACAAAGUGUGACCUCAUCAGUACAGAAGCUUAUUAGAGUUGGGAAGCAAAAGUGCCAAAUUUAAAUGUACCUAUAAAUAUUCAAAUGUACUUGCGGUACCCGCUGCUAUGUACAUCAGAUUGGAACCAGCCAACCGAU